AUGUACAGAGUAGUUCUUGUUUUAGUACUUAUUGGAACAGUGCGGUCUUACGACCCACUUUUUGAGGAAGUCAAUUGCACAGAGUUCACGAACAAUUGUAGAGAGUGCGUGCGCUAUGUCAAAGACUACAAAGACAUAAGAAGAGGAUGUUCAUGGUGCACUAUGCCGAACUAUUUUGACUCCUAUUGUUACAAUCCAAACACCACUUCGUGUAAAGGCACUUUAGAGGAUGUCUGUCAGAUGGACCCAAUGAUCAUGUCCGUUGUAUCUGUUUUGUGUUUGCUCCCUCUUUUGAUUGUGAUGAUCUUCCUGAUAUUACCUUCGUUGAUCAAGUGCAUUAAGAAGAUCAAACGUUCAAAAUUAGAUUAA